AUGGACUGCUGCAAUGAGGGCGCCUGUACGAAGCUGGACGAGGACAUCCUGGACAUCCCCUUGGAUGAUCCCGACGCCAACGCGGCAGCCGCCAAGAUCCAGGCGAGUUUCCGUGGCCAUAUGACCCGCAAGAAGAUCAAAGGGGGGGAGAUGGAGCGGAAAACCAAGGAGGCUGAGUGCGCCAACAGCCCCCGCGGCGAUCUCCGCAACGGCGACUAGGUAGGCC